UCACUUUCAGACAGUGCAGUAAAAUGGCAGAGGCUAGAGUCUCUGUGAAUUUGGACCAGUUUAGCUGUCCCAUCUGCCUGGAGCUGCUGAAGGAUCCCGUCUCUAUUCCCUGUGGACAUAGCUUCUGCAUGACCUGCAUCAAGACAAAGUGGGAUCAAGAUGACCAGACAGGAGACUACAGCUGCCCUUUGUGUAGAAAAACCUCCACCCUGAGGCCCGAUCUAGGCCGAAACACUGUAUUGGCUGAAAUGGUGGAGAAACUGAAGAACGCACACAUUGCUUAUAGAACACUUGCUGGACCAGAAGAUGUGUCAUGUGAUGUCUGCAUUGGGCAAAAAUGUAAAGCUGUGAAGAGCUGUUUGAAGUGCCUAGCUUCAUACUGUAGGAUUCACUUUAACCUUCACAAUGAGCUGAACCCAGGCAAUAAACACAGGAUGAUUGACACCAAGUACAAUCUUGCAGAGAGGAUCUGCUGUGCUCAUGACACACUUAAGGAUUUCUUUUGUCACACUGAGCAGGAAAUGGUGUGCUGUGAAUGUAUAGUGAAUUUGUGCAGAGGCCAUAAAACAACCACGCUUGCAAGUGAACGGUUUUCUAAAUUGAGAAUGCUUGGGACCAUUCAGACACAGUUUCAGCAGAGAACUCAAGAAACAGAGAACAAAUUGAAGCAACUAAAGAAGACUAAACAGUCUAUCAAGACUUUUACAAAGAGAAUACUGGAUCAAAGUGAAAAGAUCUUUUCAGACCUCAUAUCCUUAAUUGAAAGAAAACGCUCAAAGAUUAUGGAAAUGAUCCGUGCUACAGAGAAAGCAGAGGUUUAUCGGACAGAGGAAAUUCUGAAGAGUCUGGAGAAGGAGGUGGAGAAGUUGAAGCAGAGAGACAUUGAAAUGGCCCAGCUUCCACACCUAGAGGACGAUUUUCUUUUUUUCAAGACAUCCAAAUCCCUCUUUGACUUUUCAACACUCGCACAUGGGCCAGACAUCACAGUCAAUAUGUCAAUUUUUGAAGGCAUACAAAACACAGUGUCUAAGAUUAAAGAGAAAGUGGUCAUUUUGCAGCAGACAGAAUUAAGCAAAAUGCUUCAAACGGUAAAAACAGCCCAUAUAGUACAAACAUCUAAUCCAGUGAUCAGAGAGGAUUUUCUUAAGUGUUUUGAGGGCAGCAGGCUUUUCUACACAGGCACAGAGCUCAUUUCUGAGGAAACAGAAAGUGAUACAGCCCAUGGACGCAGAGGGAGUGGCUGUUCUGAGAGCCUUUAG